AUGCCAAACACUAAGGUCCUUGUUACCUCACGACGCAAGCCUGGCUUGACUAGGGAGGAAGUGCACGAAUACUUCCAUCAGAUCCAUGGGGCAUUGGCCCAGUCGCCUGAUCCAAACCACAAUCCAUCGAAAUACACUCAAUUUCAUUUUUACGACUCAGUAUGUCACGCGGAUGCAGACCAUCAAGCCGUUGCCGAUAUCGGUGCCGAACUAUAUUUCGAAUCCGAACAACAUCUCCUACUUGUGUUUCAGUCUGCCUGGGUUCGAGAAAACGUGUCGCCAGACAACCUGAACUUUUCUGACACCAAGUCAACAUGCCUUCGUAUCACGCAAGAAAAGGUCAUCUCCCUUGGGGGGGCUGCUAUAGAGGCCCCGAUGGAUUGCAAGCAAGCUGCGCCUGUAGCUAUCUUGCGACCUCACUACCAGUUUGAGCCCUUUUGCUACUGA